ACUUUCACUUUCGCAUUUCACGUUAAGGACAAGAAAGAAAAGCCAUGGAAAACGUGGACAUGGUCCUGAGGUCGAAGAGGAAGAUAUUUAUCCAAUCAGUGAGCACUGGCACAAUAAAUGGCUUGUUGGAUGGAUUGUUAGACGAAAGAGUGCUGAACCAGGAGGAGAUGGAGAAAGUAAGAAAAGAAAAUCACACAGCUAUGGAUAAGGCCAGAGAUUUGAUCGAUUCAGUCAUUCAGAAGGGGGAACGGGCAAGCAAAAUCUUUAUCAAUCAAAUUGUUGAAGUUGACCCGCAACUUGCACAAAAGCUGGGGUUCUUCUAAGGAAAUUCAGCUCUAUUUCUUCAUGGACCACCCUCAUGUAUACUGUCCGUUGUUCGUUGAAGUGUUGUUAUGUGGCAGAGGACUCUACUGAAUAAGGAGGAGAGCACAUUUCUCAUCCAAGUUCUACAACUUGUGUUUGCCAAGUUUCUGAACUAACCAUAUUUUUACACCUGGUUUUCUUAUUCAUAAAAUGGAAUCAGUGUUUAUUUAACCUAUUUAACAAACACAGUUUUCAUGAGACAAUGAA